UUCCUCUCUCAUAUUACUAACACUCAAUCUCAAGAUGAGCUUAAUUUUCAAGAAACUGGUUUGAGUGAAGAAGUAAAUUGGCUUAUGAAGGAGAAAGUAGCAUUGGUUAAGCUUCUUGAGGAGAGAGAAUAUCCUUUUAUACAAAUUGAGGAAUCUACGAGAAGGCUUACACAAAUUGUGAUUGCAAAACUUGAGUCUUGCUCAAACCAAUUCACAAUUCUUGGCUAUUCUGGUUGUUAUAUCAAAACUAUUCUUGAGAUCAACUUAGCUAGAAACAAGGUCAAAACGUUUCACCACGAGGUUACUUGCAAAAAUGUUUUGCUUAAGGCUAAAAACUAUAAACAAGAGAUGAAAAGACAACCAAAAAAUGUACUAACAACUGAGAAUGUUCUUAAGAUGGUGGUUCAAGAAUUGAAGAAACCUUCUGUACGAAACAGAAGGCAAUACAUCAAAAGCAAAUGUGCAUAUCUAAUAAUCUUCUUGCUUCCUUCAGGAGCACACAUAACACAAAAGAUUGAGUCAGAAAAAAGAGAAAUCGGCAAUUAA